CACAAUGAAACAAUCCCACUUCCCCCUCUUCGCUCCUCUAUUCAUCCUUCCCUCUGUCUGUGCUGACAGAGCAGGGUUGCAGUCAUGCAUGUGGACACUGUCUUUCUUGUGUGUCCCCUGAUUUUUGCAGCCUUGUGGAGGGGGGUCCAGGCUGUCUCUCCUGUACCCUCAGUCCCUGACCGUGUCCAAGCUCUGGUGGGCUCCUGCGUGGUGAUUCCCUGCUCUUUCACUCCUCUAGCUCCUCACCCUCUCAGGGGGAGGAAGGAGAGGGUGGACGUCCGGCUGAGGUUCAGAGGUGGCGGCCAUUUAUUUCCUCUCCGGAGCACCGCUUUUAACAGCGAGGACAGGGAUCAAGUGAGCAGGGAUUUCCAAGGCCGGACAUCCCUCUUUGGGCGAAUCACAGAUGGAGACUGCUCAGUGAAGAUAGAAAGGAUCAGUCUGGAUGACUCACGGAUGUUUGAGAUCGCUCUGAAAAGAGGUGAUGAAUUACUCUGGGGAAAACCAAGGAGCUUUAGUCUGGAUGUUGUUGACACACCUGAGGCCCCUGUCAUCAGCGGCAUGUUGUCUGCCACAGAGGGACAGCUGGUCACCUUGAACUGCUCCGUCAGAUAUCACUGCCCCUCCAGACCACCUGCCCUGCAGUGGGGCUGGGAGAGAGGAGCCCGUGUGAACAGCACUGAGUCUGGGGAGGUGCAGACGCUCCACCUGGAGCCCCACAGGCCGAUGUUACUUUCCCCUCUGUCCUUUACUGUGUCACACCAGGUGAAACCCAGAGUCAGAUGUGAGGUGACCUACCCCGGAGCCAGAACUCUGGCCACUUCCAAGGAUCUGCAUGUGACAUUUUCACCAAAAGAAGUGAAAGUGCAGGUGCAGUCCCUGACAGUGCAGGAGGGGGGCAGUGCCUUGCUCGUCUGCUCGUGUAAAGCUGACCCUCCAGUGUCAGAGUACCGCUGGUCCUACACUCAACGCGGCCGUACGGUGCACCUCCACCAGCGUACACACACAGUUCGAGUGUACAAUGUGACUCGUGACAUGAGGGUCCGCUGCUCAGCGCAGAACCUGAUUGGUCGAGGAGAAUCCAGGCCCACACCACUGAACAUACAAUAUAAACCAGUCAUCCUCCCUCUCUCCUCCACCUGUGUCGUAGAGGAGUUGGAGGUGCUGUGUCAUUGUUCAGUCGACUCCAACCCCAAACCAGCGGUCACCUGGAGCGUUAACGGGACGGUGCCAUCUCACGAUUACAACAUGUCUAUAACAUCAGAGCCUCGCAUGCUAAUCGCUACACUGAGGGGCCGCAUGGAAAAACCUGUGACUGUGAUCUGCUUUGCCUUCAAUGCACUGGGAAAUGACUCCUUGGUUUUGCUGCAGGGUGGAGAGGAGACAGCACCUUUGUGGUGGAUGGUGAUACCUGCCGUGGCCAUCUGCUUGCUCCUAUUCCUUCUGUCACUUAUUUUCUGCUGCUGUCGAAAGAGAGCUGGAAAAGAUGUCCUGAGUAGGCAUCCAGCUGUUUACCCUGAAGGACUGGGAAUUUAUCAGGACAGGAUGCCCCUCUAUAUCAACUGCACAGAAGUGACUCAUAUCUACACCAAUGGCAGCUACCAACUUGUAUACCAGAACUGCACCCCCCUUUUUGUUCAUAAUAACCAGAUCCGCCCAAUGGGCAGAAGAGGUGGGGAGAGAAGAAGAGGAGGAGAGGGUGCAGGAAUAGACAGACGAGCUGCUUUGGGAGUCAGAGGCACAAGAGAGGUGCAGAGUGCUGCUGUGGCUGAUGCAGAAACAGCCAUCUACCUGGAGAUUCUCUGAGUCACAUUAUUCACCUGUUACAUUAAACUCGCAUUAUACUACAGAUUCAUUCUCUUACAAAUGGUAAUCCGUAUGCUUAUGUAGCCUUCAGGUUAUUGUAUAUAGUGUACAGCUUGAUCUGUAUGUCAUCAGCAUUUCAAAAUCAUCCACUGUGGUCUCUUGAAUAGCUAGUGGUGGUGUAUCUCUCUCACAAUCUCCAUAUUGAACAAUUUCUGUCUCUUUGAUUGUUGGCCUGUGACCUACCUCUGUGCUCUUUUUAUAAAAGAUGAAAGGUGUGAUAAAAGAGGUUUCUCAUCAUUUCAUCCUCUUAACAGUCAUCUCCUUCAAUUGCAUUUGUAACAGCAGCUGCAGCAUGUCUAACACAAAGUGAUCCUCAGGCAGUAUUUAAAGUUCCUCUAGAGUGAGAGAAAGACUGCAGCUCAGGUUGUAAUGCAGUUUGCCACAUGUAUUACAUCAGUGCUCAUGAGAGAAGAGUCUUGUCAUAGCAGACAGUCAGUGCAGGAGGAGCACAGAUGUAAUUAAUAACAUUAACAAUAGCUCUGUUCUGUUAAGCAUCCCAGGAAGAUUUGCCAGAGUCAAGAAUUGAAGAGCUGGAAACCAACCAACAAGCUCUGAAUCAAGAGUUUUCCCCAGAUGAUGAUGGCAUGCAAAAAUAGGGUAUUGUGGUGGAGUUAACCUGUUCUCCCCAUGUCUACGUGGGUUUAUUGUGGGUAUUCCGGUUUCUUCCCACCCUUCAAAUUCAGUAAUGAUUCAAAUAUGUAUUCUUUAACGUGAGCGAGUGCAAAUAAUCAAAAUGUAACCGAAAGCUCAUCAACAGCACUUUCCUGCAUGAUAAAGAGGGCUGCCUUCUCAGUGACAUCAGUGAUGAGAACAAUGCCUACACGGUCUACUUUGUCAGUUUCCUGGGCACCUUGGCUGUGUUGCCAGGCAACAUUGUCUCUGCGCUGCUCAUGGACAAGAUUGGAUGGUUGAGGAUGCUAGGUAAUAUGGGUGUAGGGUCACAUCACUCACCAUCAUGUGUGUCAAAAGGGAAGAGAAAUGAAUAAGUAAAGACACUUAGGAAAACUGGGUGGGUAAAAUUUAAAAAAGAUAAAGAAACUCUUCUGCUUUUCAAAUAAUAGGUUGAUAGGUUUAAGUCAUAGGUCAUAGUCUUAAGAUGUUGAAGACACAGUUGUCAUUUGCUCCUGUAGAGAUGCUCAGUUGCUGCUAGUAGAUAUAUCAGUCAGUCUGCAGAACAAUUUUGAUAAGCUCCACAUCCACUGGUGAGACUUGAGGAUGAAUAAAUCAAGCCAAUUAUGCUCUCUUCUUACACAGAGGUAAGGCCAGCCAACUUAAAAAAGUGAAGUUACAAAUAUGAGUGCAGAACAGUAAAUGACAAAUAGAGGAUUCAGAGUGGAGGCUGAGAGGUAGGCAAUUUAGGCAUGCCCUGAAAUCUCCUUGACACCGUGUAGACACGGUCAGUGGUGCUGAAUGACAUGUUAAAUGAUGUCAUAAGAGUUACCCUACAAUGAUUGGUUAGCUUACAAGGAUGGAUAACAUUGUGGGGUGAAAUCAUUGGUGGUGCUUGUGAUGUAAAGCAGGUAGCUCUCUUGUUGCCACCUAAUGGCUUUAGCAGGAUGUGCUCUUAAGUUAUUUUUGUCCCACCAUAAAUAGCAUAGUAUGUAAAUCUCAAUUUGAUGUGCCAAGUGAAAUUGAAGCUCAUAUCUAAUAAAACAUGACUGUUUGUAUGGACCGUAAUUAAAAAAUA